GGCCGCCGGUAACGUCAUAGCUUUCCCCCACCCCACUUCGCUCGCUUCGACCCCUCAUGGACGGCACAACCGCGAAACCCAGCAAUUGCGAGGUAUUAAAUUAAAAUCACGGGGGCAGGAGAGGGAGAAGAGAAGUAUGAGAAGAGGACUGAUUUCGACAGAGGAACACGUAGACCUGUCUCAAUGGAUUCUGAGACGUAAGGUGGCGUGGUUUGGCCAAAAUAAUCGGAGCAGCCAACCCGUAAACAAGCACGUAACUAUGGAGUACUCCGUUAUGCUCUCCGUAAAAAAAGGGCUCGACCUGCAGGCUUGGGCUGCCGCUGACUUGCCUGGGGAGGUUGACCCUGCCUUGGUAUCCCAAACACUCCUAGCGCUGUGAUUACGGCAUCGACGCCUUUCCCUUCCGGCGUCUUCCUUUUCCCCCGCGCCAUUCGAUUGCCUUCCAUCCCCCAGUCUUCCUUCGUCCUCAGCCCACGUCUCUCCAAAGCAGUAAAAAGAGCAUCCCAAAAAUAAUUAAUAAAAAAAAGGGCCAAUAACACCUUCCAUCAGCCAAAAUGGUCAGAGCAGUUGCUGUCCUCCGCGGUGACUCCCUCGUGAAGGGCACAGUCACCUUCGAGCAGGCUGACGAGAACAGCCCGACCACCAUCUCCUGGAACAUCUCUGGCCACGAUGCCAACGCUCAGCGUGGCUUCCACAUUCAUCAAUUCGGUGACAACACCAACGGCUGCACUUCUGCUGGCCCUCACUACAACCCAUUCUCCAAGAAUCACGGAGCUCCAUCCGACGUAGAUCGCCAUGUUGGUGACUUGGGCAACAUCACCACUGACUCCCAGGGCAACUCCACCGGCAGCGUUGAGGACAAACAGAUCAAGCUUAUUGGGGAGCACAGUGUGCUCGGUCGCACUAUUGUCGUUCAUGCUGGCACUGAUGACCUCGGCAAGGGAGGCAACGAGGAAUCCAAGAAGACUGGAAAUGCUGGCCCCCGUCCUGCCUGCGGUGUUAUUGGCAUUGCUGCAUAAGCUUCUCAGAGAUCCCGAGAACUCACCCCUAAGGCUUUCACUAGAUUGCGCGAAAGCAUCAAUGAACAGUUAAUGAGAUUGCUUAGCAAUUAACUAGUUACCUAGUUAGCGAGGGAAUGAUCAAACAAUCCAGUUUCUAGAGGUGUAAUGAAAUUACAUGUCUCGGUGAAUUAACUCUACAAAAUAAUCUGUACAUAGUUCAAUUUGGAGUUGGGAUCUCAUAUGAACCAGUAACUUAACUAUCUCAACGCACAGCCAUUGCAGGCGCCAGUGGAGGUGCUCAGACGCAUGUUGUUUGUAUAGCCAGGUCACAAAGUUGGAGUGAUUUGCUCUC